AUGAAAUGUAUUUAUAAUAAUUUAUUAUCAAUAUCAACAUUAGUAUCAUGGCUGUGUUAUUUAACAAUUAUUUUAUAUAUUAUUGUUGAUCAAAAUCAUUGUGUUGAAGCAUCCAUUGAUGUACAACAAGAAGAGUAUCAUAAUAAUCAUGAUAAGCAGUAUUCGUUCUCAUCGGCACAUCCUCAACGUAUUUAUUCAAAUGAAUUUGCUGUACAUAUACCAAAUGGCGAUAAGGAUGUAGCGGAUCGGAUUGCUGCCAAACAUGGUUUUGUGAAUAUCGGACAGAUUGGAAGUUUAAAUGGAUAUUAUUUAUUUGAACAUCAACAUGUGCACAAAAGGUCGUUAGAGUCGAAUGAUUUAUAUCAUACAAAAUUGAACUCAGAACCAGAGGUAUUCUGGGUUCAACAACAGCAUGAAAAGAAACGGCGAAAACGUGAUAUUGAUACUCCAUUCCCAUCCGUAGAUAGUUUUUUUAGUGAAAUAGCACCAUCAUCGAUUAAUGUAGCAUCGCCACAAAUACCUGUACACGGUCAACCACAAUCACGAUCAGUUAGUCCACGGGCAUUUCCUGACCCUCUGUUUAAGGAACAAUGGUAUCUAAAUGGGGGUGCAAAAGAUGGUUUGGAUAUGAAUGUUGGUCCAGCAUGGCAAAAAGGAUAUACUGGAAAAGGUGUAGUCGUUUCUAUAUUAGAUGACGGAAUUCAAACCAAUCAUCCAGAUUUAGCAUUGAAUUAUGACCCGGAAGCUAGUACGGAUAUAAACGGAAAUGAUGACGAUCCUAUGCCUCAAGAUAAUGGAGACAACAAGCAUGGUACAAGAUGUGCAGGAGAAGUUGCUGCAAUUGCCUUUAACCAAUUUUGCGGUGUUGGAAUUGCUUACAAUGCAAGUAUUGGAGGUGUUCGAAUGUUGGAUGGGAUUGUAAACGAUGCUGUCGAAGCUCGUGCGCUUAGUUUAAAUCCCGAACACAUAGAUAUCUACAGUGCUUCGUGGGGACCUGAAGACGAUGGUAAAACUGUGGAUGGUCCAGGACCACUAGCUCGUCGUGCAUUUAUCUAUGGUGUAACCAGUGGUCGUAAAGGAAAGGGAUCCAUUUUUGUUUGGGCUUCGGGUAAUGGUGGCCGGCAUACAGAUUCAUGUAAUUGUGAUGGAUAUACAAAUAGUAUUUUUACGCUAUCAAUUUCCAGUGCAACGCAGGGCGGGUAUAAACCGUGGUACUUGGAAGAAUGUUCUUCUACACUAGCAUCGACUUACAGUUCUGGCACACCAGGACACGAUAAAAGUGUUGCCACUGUUGAUAUGGAUGCUCGUUUACGCCCGGAUCAUAUUUGUACCGUUGAACAUACUGGAACAUCAGCUUCAGCACCUCUAGCAGCUGGAAUUUGCGCCUUAGCUUUAGAAGCGAAUCCAGCCUUGACUUGGCGAGACAUGCAAUACCUUGUAGUGCUAACUUCUCGUGCAGGACCACUUGAAAAAGAAACUGGUUGGAUUACAAAUGGUGUUAAACGUCGUGUCAGUCACAAAUUUGGUUACGGUUUAAUGGAUGCUGGAGCAAUGGUCACGUUAGCCGAACGAUGGACAAAUGUACCACCUCAACAUAUUUGUAAAUCCCAAGAAAUUACCGAAGAAACUCCAAUUGAUGCAACAUUCGGACAUGCACUCCAAUUGCAUAUGGAUGUUAAUGGAUGUUCUGGAACUUUGAAUGAAGUUCAAUAUUUAGAACACGUUCAAUGUAAAAUUACUUUACGAUUUUUCCCACGAGGAAAUUUGCGGAUCUUGUUAACUUCUCCAAUGGGUACAACUUCCACAUUAUUAUUUGAACGGCCACGAGAUGUUACUAGUUCAAAUUUCGAUGAUUGGCCAUUUUUAAGUGUGCACUUUUGGGGUGAAAAAGCUGAAGGUCGAUGGACUUUGCAAAUAUUAAACGCUGGUAAUCGACAUGUUAAUCAACCGGGUGUAUUGAAGAAAUGGCAAUUGAUAUUUUAUGGCACAGCCACAAAUCCCAUACGACUACGUCAGGGGCUCAGUACGGGCGGAGUACAAUCGCUAUGGAAAUCCCCGUUAAAUACUUUUUCAUUCCCAACAGCGGGUCCAACACAACCAUCUACAUCGAUUGGAGAUUUUUUUAGUACAGAUAUAAUAAAAAACUUCCAAAAUUUCCCAAAUAUAUAUAGUUAUGCUGGUUCAGAACCCGAACAAGCAAUUAGUUCGUUAGAUGAUCGAAAAAUUUCACGUGAAAAUAUGGAUGAAGAUAAAUCAACCAAAUCAAUAUUUAAAGAAAAUUGUGAUAGCGAAUGUGAUGAGAAAUUGGGAUGUUAUGGAUCUGGUCCAAGCAAUUGUGUGGCUUGUAAAAACAAUAAAUUGGAUAAGACUUGUAUACCUAGCUGUCCACCACGAAGCUAUGCCGACGAAACAGGUUUAUGUAAACAAUGUCACGAAUCUUGUGCAACUUGUAUUGGUCCAGGGCAAGAUAAUUGUGUACGUUGUGCAAUGGAUCAUUUUCGUAUUACAGAUUUAGAUAUUUGUAUGCAACAAUGUCCUGAAGGAUACUUCGAAAAUUUAACCGAACGCAGUUGUAUACCAUGUGGGCCAAAUUGUGGUAGUUGCGACAAAAGUCCAAAUCAUUGUACAACUUGCGACCAUCAUUUACUUUUACACGAUAAUAAAUGUAUGGCAGCCUGUCCAUCGAAAAUGCAUGAAACAGAUGAUUAUCAAUGUGCUCCAUGUGAUGACUCAUGUGCCACAUGUCGUGGACCAAAUGCUACACACUGUAUCACUUGCGUAGAUGGACGAUAUGAGCUUAAUGGCAAAUGUUUGGAAACAUGCCCUCAAUCAUUUUAUGCUGAUGAUAAACGUAAAGAAUGUGUUAAAUGUGCAAACAAAGCGUGCAUUAAAUGUGAAAAUAUGAAUAAAUGUUUAGCAUGCGCAGAGAAUUGGUAUUUAGAUGAGAAAGGACGCUGCAAGCCAGUUGGAAGCGAUCAAUGUACUUUAAAUCAGUAUUAUAACGGAGAUGACUGCCAAGAUUGUCAUAAAGAUUGUGAAACAUGUAAUUCUGGCGAACGAAAUGCAUGUUUAACCUGCCGUGUACCACAAUUUUUCCAAUCAGGACGGUGUGUUAAGACAUGCAGCGAAGGUUUUUAUUUAGAAAAUGGUCGGUGUAUCCCUUGUCUGCAUACAUGUAUUGAUUGUGUUUCACGAACAAAUUGUACAAAAUGUGCUCCAGGUCUUCAUCUUCAAACUGGACAAUGCCAAGUACGCUGUGCAUCUGGUUAUUAUAGUGAUCGUGGUAUUUGCAUGCCGUGCCAUUUAAGCUGUGCCACGUGCAGUGGACCUAGAGCAGAUCAAUGUGUAACAUGUCCACCAACUUGGCAUUUAGCUGCUGGAUAUUGUCGUGCAACAUGUCCGAAUGGAUUUUAUCAAAAUGAGUAUGGGUGCCAUAAAUGUCAUGAAUUUUGUAAAAAUUGUAUAGAAGGUUGUAAGAACCAUCAAGGCGAUAAACGACGAAGUAGUGAGGAUGCCAUUCAAACUUCCAGUGGAAGAUUUAUUGAUCAUAUUCAGUUUAUGAAACAAUUCAAUAUGAUUACAUCGAUUGCAGUGAUAGCUGGUGUUUGUAUAAUAGCUUUGUUUGCGUUUAUAUUCAUAAUACUUCAACAGCACAACAGUCGACAUGAAACAUGGAAAAUCGGUGAUUACAGUCAUGUAUCAAUAAAGAAACCAAAAGUGACAUGCCAUUAUAAUGUGGUAGCAGUUGAUGAUUUUAGCAGUGGAAGUGAUUGUGAAGAGUUACUUAAUACUACUAAACAAAAAACAAAAACAUAAAGAAACAAAACCCUUAUUCAAGAAAGAGACGGAUAAAAAAGACUUAUUUUUGAAUUCAAUUCAUAUCUAUCUACCAUUCCCUGCCUCCUCCCACGUGUGUUGUGUUAAUUUAGAAAAAAAUAUUAAUUAUGAAGUGCUCUUUGUUUUUUAUAAUUAAUUGGUGGUACAAUUAAUAUCUUUUUCCUAAGUCAGUUCAUCAUGAUUCUAACCAAAGAGGAUCGGAUAGAGAAAAUAAAUGAAGAUAACGAAAGCAUCCUCUAGCAUCGAAUGUUGGAAACAUUCCUCUAUUUUCUAGAGUUCCUAUUUCAUUGAAAAAUAAUAUUCAUCGCAUGUUUUUUUUUCCAGCCAAGAUAAUGUAAAAUAAGGAAAAUGUUAAUAAGGCGGAAAAAAACGUUGAGCUCUAUUCUAGCCUCUUUGGUGCCAACAUUAAUUAAAGUUUUCUUCAUAAUUUUUCAUGGAAAAAAAUAUUACUUUGAUAUGAUAUAUAUAAUAAUUUUUAUUUUUAUAUUUGUUUUAUGCUCUUUCCAAUUUUUUUAUUAUUUAAAAAAAAAGACUCUAAAUGUUGACUCAGACUGAUAUCUGCUAGAAUUAUCACAAUUUUAUGUUUUGAACAAAUCACAGAAACAUUUUCUCUGUUUAUAUUCUAUGUUUAAUUUUCUUAUAAUCGAAAAAGUAAUAAUGUAUUUGGCAUAUG